CUAUUCUGGGUAUCUCAAUUUAAUCUAUAAAAGCGAAGCUGAAAUUGCCAUUUGACGCUAGAGGCACUGUGAGCCUUUUAAUGUUACCAGAGUGUCACGUGGUACCCAGCGAGUAGGACGGCCAUCUUCCUAAAACACAAACAACAAGAGUCGCGAGUAGACGAGCUAUCAGCGCGCAGCGACCGUUGGAGAGAGCAAAAAUAAUUUAUGUAGACAUUAUACUCGAUUUGAUGACGAUUACAACACGAUUCAACAGUCAGAGAUUACAAUCUCAUGCGCAGAAUACCAGACGACUGGAAAUAAUACGCAUUUAUAGCUCCAGACACAAGCCUUGAGGUGGGUGAGGACGCAUCGCAGCGUGAGAGGGCUUCCUGUCAGGCCCUGGCCAUACAGCGCUUCACCUGGAGCAACAGAGCAGAGGCCGAGGGUCUUCAGCAGGGAGACCGCAUCGUUAGCUGACCAGCUUUGGCCUUUUUGUUUGUAGCGUCCCAUUACUGCAGUUGGAAGUAGAUUUUAGUGCGUCAGUAUCAAAGUUUUGCUGUUAUCACAGUUAUUCUAAGUGUUGAGCAUUUAUUUUUUUCCACAAAUUUUCCAAGUCCAAAGGUUUUUUGUUUUUUUUUGGUAUGUUUUUUUUGUUUAGGUGUUUUGUUUUUGUUUUGUUUGUGUUCUUUUUGUUGAGGGCUGUGAAUAGGAGGUUUCACCUUUAAAUUUAAGCCUUUUCCUACUGCGCACGCCCAGUAUCAGGCAGCUAUUUCCCCUACCCUUUCUUACGUGUGGAAAUCUUACCACACACGUAUACCUUCAACGCACACGCAUACACCACUCAGCCUUCUCACCCCAGCCUGGUCCAGCCUGGUCUCGCCUGCUCCUCUCCUCUGGACAGGAUUCAGCUCAGAGACGAAGGGAGGAAUAUGACAGCUGAGACACUUAACUUCGGCCCAGAAUGGCUCCGUGCACUUUCCAGUGGAGGCAGCGUCACCUCCCCUCCUCCCUCUCCCGCUAUGCCAAAGUACAAGCUGGCCGAGUAUCGCUACGGCCGAGAGGAGAUGCUAGCACUUUAUGUCAAAGACAACAAGGUCCCAGAGGACAUGCAGGAUAAGGAGUAUGCUGCUAUUCUGCAGGAUGAGCCUCAGCAGCCUCUGGCACUGGUGCCUCUAACUGAGGAGGAGCAGCGAAACUUCUCCAUGUCUGUCAACAGUGUGGCUGUGCUGAGGCUCAUGGGUAAAGGAGGUGGUGCCAUCCCAGCUGGCAUAGCCCGGGGUAGAGGCGGUGUGAGGGGCGGCAGAGGCAGAGGCCGAGGAGAGGGUGGGUUCUACCAAAGAAGUACUGAAGAUGGGGAGGUGGGCUUUAGCAGGAAUGUGAGAGAGAUCCACCGUAGUCAGAGCUGGGAUGACAGGGGUGAGCGGCGCUUUGAGAAGCCCCUGCGUAGGGAGGGUCUGCGGGGGGGCUUUGAGGAGGUCACCUCGGGGGGCAGGAAGGAGUACAUGCGCUCGGACAGUGACAACUGGCGCACCCUCCGAGAGGAGCAUGAGCAGGAGGAAGGGGGAGAUGCAGGCGGGAGCUGGAGGCUGGCCGGCUCACGCAGAGAUGAUGGUGGUCCGCGCUCGGCGGGCUGGAGGGAGCAUGGGGAGAUUCGGCGCAGGAAAUUUGACUUUGACUUCCGGGAUGGAGGGAGUGAGGGAGGGAGGCGGAGGGCUGGAAGCGAGGGAGCAGAGGAGGAGAGAGAUGGGCUGCCGGAGUGGUGUACGGACGAAGAGGAUGGAGAGAUGGGCACCUUUGACUCCUCUGGAGCCUUCAUGUCUAUCAAGAAAAGCUCUAAGGACCCUAUCCCAGAAGAGGAAUUUGAGUUUCAGGGCUUAGAAGAUGAGGAAGAGUGUGGUACAGACGGGGAAAAGAAGCACGGCAGUAAUGGAGAGAAGCCCGAGAGAGAUGAGACUGACGCUGCCAUAGUGUCUGAAGUAGAGGUGAAACCCAUCUCUCCCUCGUCUCCUCCAUCCGUGUCUCUGAGCGCCCCUCAGGCUGAGCCUGCUCCCACUGCUGCCCCUGUUGGUCUGGAGGUCCCUCCACCUGCCCCUGCUAUUCCCAGCAAGAUGCCAAGUGAAGUGUUAUCAGAGCCUGUGUUGGAGCUGACUGCCAGUACCUCCUCCAGUCUGCCUUCAUCCCCUCCCUCCUCUUCCUCUGCUGCUACUGAGCUCCCACCAAUGGGGGGUGACCCUGAGGACGAUGAGGGCAUGAAGCACCUGCAGCAGGAGGCAGAGAAGAUGGUGGCAUCGCUGCAGGACACGUCUCUGGAGGAGGAGUGCUUCACCCAGACCCUGCAGGAGAGCAGGAACAGCGCUGCUGCCCUGCCUCUCACCCAUGACUCCGCCAUGAAGUGGUUCUACAAAGACCCGCAGGGGGAGAUCCAGGGUCCCUUCAGUACGAUAGAGAUGUGUGAGUGGUUCCAGGCGGGCUACUUCUGCAUGACCCUGCUGGUGAAGCGCGGCUGUGACGAAGGCUUCCAACCUCUGGGUGACGUCAUUAAGAUGUGGGGGCGUGUGCCUUUUGCCCCCGGGCCUUCCCCGCCACCGCUGCUGGUGAGAGAUCUGCACGCACAAGCACCCCCAUGCAAACAGAAGUGUAAUCUGGAUCAGGAGAGGUUGAAGAAGCAGCAGGAGUUGGCAGCGGCUGCAGCGCUCUACCAGCAGCUCCAACAGCAACAGCAGCUCCUACAGCUCAUUAACAGUAGGUGCGGAGAGCAGGGUAUGAUGCCUUCAAUUAACAGAUCGAUGUCAGUGCCAGAUACAGGGUCCAUGUGGGACAUGCAUACCUCAGCCUCACAGCCGACAGGCGGUGAGGUCAGUCUAUGGGAUUUAACCAUGAAUUCUUCAACUCAGGGUCCAACUCUUGAACAGCUUCAAAAGCUCCAGGAGAGAAGAGAGGCUGAACUCAGGGCUAAGCGGGAGGAGGAGGAGAGAAAAAGAAGGGAUGAAAAACGGAGACAACAGCAGGAGGAGCAGAAGAGGAGAGAGGAAGAGGAGCUCUUCAGACGCAAGCAGCAGGAGUUGCUGAUGAAACUGCUCCAGCAGGCUCCACGGCAGGGAGGUGCCAGCUCAGGGUCAUCUUGGAGUGGGGGCCCUGUGCCUGGGCUGGGGAAGCAGGGCAAGCCCCUGAGUCCGAUGGAGCUCCAGCAGGAGGCCGAGAGACUCUACAAACAGCAGCACAGAGCCCAGCAGCAGCAGAGAUGGGCUGCGGAGGCGGGUGUGGGGUCUCUUUGGGGGUCUGCAGCCAUGGAGGGGAAGUCAGCUGGAAGCAGCAGCCCCUCCGGAGGGGGCAUGGGGGUGUGGGACGAGGCCCUGAAGAACCAGAGUGUCCUGCGCAACAACCUGGGCCUGAAGAACAGCCGCAGCAGCCCCUCGCUAAGUGACCAGUACAUGCUGCUGAAUCGUCGUAAGCGCAACGAGGACGAGGAGCGCUUGCUGAAGCUCUUGCAGGGGAUGAAGGCCCAGGAUGGCUUCACCACAUGGUGUGAGCAGAUGCUGCAUGCACUCAACACCUCUGCCAACAACUCCUCCUCUUCGCAGGAUGUGGCCACCAUUGUGGCCUAUCUAAAGGAGGUGGAGUCGCCCUACGAGGUGCUGGACUUUAUCCGCUCCUACCUGGGAGACACCAUGGAAGCCAAAGAGUUCGCCAAGCAGUUCCUGGAGCGCCGUGCCAAACAAAAAGCCAACCACCAGAGACAGCAGCAGCAGCAGCAGCAGCAGCAGCUCUCUAAGGAGGUGGCUGGGCUAACCAUGAACAGUUUCCCUCUGCAGGAUUCUAUGAGGGGUAUGAACCCCACAGCUCUGCAGUCCAUGUUCCAGGCAGUGCAUUCUGGGAAGGGGGGCAUGGGCUAUGACCAGGCAGGGAAACUGAAGAAGAAACAGCCGGUGAUGCUGCACUCCGACCCAAGCAUCUUAGGGUACUCAUUCCAUGGUGCAGGGGAUCGGCUGAGCCUGAGUGAGAUGGAGAUGGUGGAGGAUUACUGAGUCCACAGCAAUAGCUACCUGAGGCCUUUUUUCCGCGGGUCCAACUAAUCAGACUCCGCAAGUCUAAUGUGCACUGCUGGGAAAGAGGGUUGGGGUGGGAGGGAGAGACGUGAUGAAAAGAGAGGGUUGGUUCUUUGGGGGUGGAGGGGAGAAUGAGGGGAGAAUGUAAUUCAAGUGUAACGGGUGGAGUUGGGGCAGUGGUCCACCGAUAACCCCCCGUUACACUCAGCUUCAGGCUUCCCCAUCAGAAGCCCUCCAACUUGGGGUGGCACGGUAGGGAAAGGGGCGAUCAUAUGUGUUUUGGGGGUGGUAAACUUCUGGCACUUAUAACAAUAAGCACCUUACUCAAACUAAUGCACUUUACGAAGGCGGUAUAUGGAUAGACUUUAGUUGUUUUGUUUGUUUGUUUGUUUUUGUUUGUUUGUUUUGUUCUUUUUUUUACACAAAGGUUUUACAUGCAUAGGUAUGUUAUGUGGAUUCAGAAAUAUUCCCACAUGAAUAGGUGUUUGUGUGUUUGUGUGUGUGUGUGUGUGUGUGUGUGUGUAGAAUGAGAACUGGACAUGGUGGCAGCAGUGGUAGAGAGCAAGGGGGACCGUCCUGUUUGUCUAAACUUUAUCAGAACACAAGACAAACAAAUCUCUCUUCAAAGACAAACACUGUUGUUUUUUAUAUGAAAAAAGGUUUCUAUAAAAAAGUAAAGCUAUAUAAAAUAAUACAAUUUUUGAUCAUAAAACUUGAACAUUUGCACUUGUAUAAAAAAUUAGACAAAAACAACAAAAAAAGUGUUCGAUAUAUGUAAUAGAGGUUAAUAUUUUUGUGCGAGUGUGUGGGUGUUGAAACUAGUGAGUGUUUGUACAUACCAGUCUGCACAAGUGUUCUUUUUUUUAAAUUCUUUUUCUCUUUUUUUUGCUUACCAAGAUAUCAAGACGUAUAAAAUGACACGAGGCCAUUUUGUGAUUUUCAAGCGAGUUAGAUUUUUGUAUUUCAUGAACAGAAUGUGCGUGUGUGUGUGUGUGUGUGAGUGUAAGCACGAGCGUGUGGUGUUGAUUUUGUAGAUCUGCAGCGUGUUUGUGUAUUUGACUGAGGAGGACAGAGGGCAAUGGUACAGCACAUCCUUCCUUUGGUCAGUCGCUCAUGCCCAGAUGGAUCUGAAUCCUCUAGAUGCUUUCGCUUCUUUCACACCAGCGCCCCGCAGGCAAGCCCCCACCACUACUCAUGUCUGGUCCUCUGUUAGGCUUAUGGGCCAGGUACUGAGGGUUGUUUGUGUAUGUCUGCGUUUGUGUGUGCGUGCGUGC